UUUUACUCAAAGCGUGGCUAUCAGGGUUGUGUGCUCUUACUUUUUUAUUUUCCUUAAAAACCAGACGGGAGUGAAAGAGUGAAAUGUCUCGGCAGAAACCAGGAAAAUAUCUACCGGGCAACAUCUGACACCAGUGACAGCUGUCAAGAAUUUAACUCUCUUCUGACUGGGUCAUUAAAUGUUUAAAAAAUUUUUAAACACUUUAUUAUUUCAUAACAACAAUAAAAUUAAUCUUUAUUUUUACCGCGCAGUGUUAAUAAAUUAUUUUUAUUGUUUUGUUAAUAACUUAUAACGUCAGUUAUAAAUAACAUCACAUUGUUUGACACAUAAACAAUCGUUCUUUAAUUUUAGAUUGUUAAAAAGUGAUAAACUGGUGUACGUGAUUGAGAUAAAGAAUUUUAUUUACAUCAAGUUUUGCUUUUAAUAAGCAUACGCAUAUUAUUUAGAAAAAAAUUUAUAAAUAUAUUGAUGUUAAACAACAUAUUAAGUUAAUAUAAAAGUUAGUGCUUAAAAUGAAGGAUAAGGAAAAUAAAAGUAGUGAUUUUAGUUGUAAAAUGCCUGAAGAAUCAGCUUCCAGUCGUGAUGAAAUAAUAAUUGGUGGAAUUGAAGGAGGCGGUACCCAUUCAUCUCUGAUAAUAAUGGACGGCAAUGGAAAUCAACUUACACAUAUCAAAGGUCCCGGUACAAAUCAUUGGGGCUUGGGGAUGAAAGAAACUGCUACGAGAAUAAACAACAUGAUCCUGAGAGCGAAAGAAACUUUAAACAUCCCCGAAUCACGACUGUUAGAUUGUGUCGGGCUGUGUUUGAGUGGCUGCGAGGAGGAAGAAACUAAUUGCAAGUUAAUUGAAACCUUGACAAAAGAAUUCCCGUAUGCCAGUAAAGACUACGUUAUUGGAUCAGACACGAUGGGAAGCUUGAAAACUGGUUCUGAUUGCGGAGGCAUAGUUCUUAUUGCGGGAACAGGAAGCAAUAGUUUGUUAAUUAAUUCAGACAAUACUACGCAUGGGUGCGGAGGCUGGGGUCAUAUGAUCGGUGAUGAAGGCGGAGCUUUCUGGAUUGCUCACAAAGCUUGUAAAUAUGUGUUUGAUGACAUGGAUGGCUUGCAUAAAGCUCCGCACUCUACAGCAUUUAUUUGGACGGCUAUGAAAACAUUUUUCCAUGUAAAUAGUCUCAACGAAAUGCUUCCACAUUUAUAUUCUAAUUUUGAUAAAAGUAAAUUUGCAAUGUUUACAAAAGAAAUUGUUGCGGGAUGCGAAAAAAAAGAUCCACUUUGCGAAACUUUGUUUACUCAAACUGGACAAUAUCUUGCACGAUAUGUCAAUACGUUGGUCGCCAAAGCUCACAAUGAUGUAAAGACAGCCCCGGGAGGCUUAAAGGUCAUCUGCGUUGGGUCAGUUUGGAAGUCGUGGAAUUUUAUGGAAAAAGGUUUUACGAAAGAGAUCCAAGAAGGACGGUUGGUUGAUGAAUUGACUUUAUUACGAUUAAAAGCACCUUCGGCGAUUGGUGCUUGUUACGUUGCAGGAGAAAAAAUAUCUUGUGAAAGUCUUGUUAAGACACAUGAUAAAAAUUCCGAGGCAUUUUUUCAUUUUAAACGAGGCACUGAACCGAAGAACGGAACGCCUGUUGUGGCUAUUGACAAUAUUUACGAGGCUAUCAGUGUUGCUGCGUCAUAAAAUUUAUUUUUAUAAAACUAUAUAGAAUAAUAUGUAAACCAUUAAGUGCAAUUAAGCUAAGAUUAAGAUAUUAAUUUACGAUGUAUUACAUCGAACAAUAAUAAUUUUAUAGAUAGCAAUAUUACAUUUUAUAUA